AUGCCAAAAUCUGAAACAAACUCAAUUAUUUUAGUUCAGCCCCCUACCACCUUUUUUUCUGACCAUGAUUUUAAAAUAAUUUCAAGAAAAAACCUUAAAAAUCUAGUUGAUUGUUUUAUUUUAGAUGAUAAAUUAGUAAUUAAAGAUGGUUCAGAUAAUAAAAUAAUUCCAGAAAGUUUAGAUGAACUUUAUAAGUUGCUGUGUCAAAUUCACACUUCAAAACCAAUUCAUUUGAAGUACACUGAUAUGGUCAAACAAUUUAAAAUGUUAUAUCAUGUUUCUAAUAUUGAAAACUCUAUUUUAUCUUUUUUAAGAUGUUGUGAAGAUGCUUCAUGCAAACAUUAUUGUUUAACACUUAAACCAAUGAUUAAAAAUGAAAAAAAUAAUCAACUUGCCAUUGUAUCCCCUAAAUCAAAAUCAAAAUCACAAAAAAUUUUUGCCACACAAAAUACUAUAGUUGAUUAUGACUCAGAUUGUAAUCAAGUAAGAAUAAUCCGUUCUUAUAGAGAUUUUUCAUUUUUAACACCAUCACCUUUUUUUUAUAAUUUAUAUAUUCAACAUCUUUAUACAAGUUACAAAAAGGAUCCAAACUUUCCAAGAUUAAUUUCAAUUGACGAAUUCACAGCGAUAUCAUUACUUUAUAAUCAAAAUAAUCAGUCAACUGCCAUUCUUGAUAACUUAAAAAAUAACAGUUUAACAAACGAAGCUAUUGAUUUCAUAAUGUAUAAAACAAUGCUUCAAUUUUCACCUAUCUCAAGAAAGAAAAAUAAAUUUUUCAAAUGUUUAAGUACAAACUCUUAUCCUGAAAUUUUUUAUUUUUUUAAUUUGAAAUCUAUAUUCCUUGACGGUAAUAAAUCCAAAAGAAUAUUCACAAACGCUGAUGGAUCUUUAAAUGAACUAAUAAUUUUUCCAAUUGCCUAUGGUGGUCACAUUUCUCUUGGGGCAUUGUACAUGGAAAAAGUUGAAGAGAAAAUUAGAAUUCAAUAUAUGAUGCAUGUCGAUAAAUUUGUAAAAUCAACUCAUUGUUGUAUUGAUGUACCUAGUCAUACUUGUAAAGAAAGCGAUUGUUAUUCUUUAACAUGUACAUAUCAAAAAUUCGUAUGCUGGAAAAAAAUAAAAAAAGCUUUUAUAAUCCAAUUAAUGGUUGAAAAUAAUGAAAAUUUAACCUUUUUGGAUACCAAUGACGAUUCGUUAAUCUUUGAAAAUGAUUUUCCAGUUCUCCCAUUUUCAUUUGGAGUCAAUGAAACGAUUGAUUGUCAUUUGGCAUUCGUUAGAAAUUUAAACUUAGUUGUUGAUUGCUUUUAUGUUGAAAUUCCAAAACUUUCAAUGGAAUCAAUUUUAAAAUCAAGAUUUUCAACACACUCAACGCAAUAUACCCUUGAUACAUCUCACUUUCAACAAUUAGAACUUGAAAUUUCAAAUUCUUGUAAACAAUUUGCCAUGGUUCAAGAAAUGGUAGAGAAAGAAAUCACUCCAUCUGGUUUUGCUUAUGAUCUUAAGUGUUUAAACCCAAGUGUUGGCUUUCCACCAAACAUUAUUUUUGAGUUUGCAAUUCAAACUUCUUUUUUUGGUCAAGUUAAACAAUAUUUUUCGUAUAUUUCGACAUAUUGCGUUAUGAUGUCAAUCAACAAAGGUUUUCCAAGUGGUUCCUAUAACUUCACUAAGAUUGAACUAAACAUGUCAUCUCUUCUUGAAGAUGUAGUUUUCUUUUACUAUUAUUCUACCAAUAAUAUGUUGUAUUAUACAACAUUAAAAAACAGCGCCACUAUCGGUAACUUUCACCCAUCUACAUCUUUUAAAAUAUAUCCAGAAGUCAGUUUCUUUUUUGUCCCAAAUCGUAGUAUUCCUAUUAAUUAUGAUCAAGACCAUCCUUCAACAUUUUUUAAAAAAAUUAUUGAUAGCUAUUUAAAAAAUGUUCAAAAAAAUGAAGAUCAUGAUAAUGACAUUCAACCAAUUUUUUCAACCAAAAUUUUAGUUUUGAAAUCUAAAAAAAGCGAUUCGUUACUUUCAAUCCCCUUAGACAAUAAUAAUUUAGAUUUAUAUAACUAUGAAGUUUUUUACAAGAAAGAUUACAAAGAACUUGAAGCAAAUGAAUUUUACUACCAUACAAACAUUAAGUUACAGUACAAACAAAUUAAUUAUAUCAUUAACAAAAUUAGAGAAAAUCAUAGUAUUAAUAAUGCCGAAAAAUCAUCUAAAUCACCAAGCUCUCCUUUUAUGGAUUGCGAAACCAAAAAUAAAGAAUAUAAUACUUCAAGUGUCAAUGAACCAUCUUUAAAUCAAAAUCAAAGUCAUUUUCAAAACCAAAAUCAAAAAAAAAAUGAAGAAAUCAAUAACAUUAAAAAUGAAAGUGACAACAGUUUAAAACGUAGAAAAUGUGAAUAUUUUGAUCAAAACGCUCAAGAGAAAGCAGAAACUGAUAUAAAUAAUUUACUUGAUAAACUAAAUCUUUUAACUGAUGAAAACCUAAAAAUUCAAAUUAUAAACAAUGACUUAAAAAAUGAAAAUAAAUUAAAAGAUGAAAGGAUCAAAAUGUUAUUAUCAAAAGGUUCUCCAAAAGAUCAUUGUGAUAAUAUUUUAUCAACAACAUUAAAUAGCUUAAAAGUUCAAAAUGAAGAAAAAGAAGCUAAGAUUAAUUUACUCGAAAAACAAGUUAGACACCUUAAUAAUGUAGUUUCUGAAAACGCGAAUUUCCUUUCACAAAUAAACAAUUCAAUUGGUAACAAUUUUUUUGAAAACUUUGUUACAAUGGAUAUUUUAAUUUUAAUUUUAGAAAAUUGUUCAAAAUCAAUAGAAUUUAAUACCAAAAAACUUGAAGAAUAUAUUGAAGAUAAAAUUUUAUUAAAAAACUCUAUAAAUUCAGUUGAAUACAUUAAUUUAACAAAAGGUUCUUUACAAAUGUUCAAAAAUUAUUUAAUUGAAAUCCUCUCAAAAGAUUUAGGUAAAGUUCCACAAAUUUACUUAAAUGAACUUUUAACUAAGUUCUCAAUAAGUGAAGCACAGAUAAACCCUCUCAUUCCAGACUCUCAUCACAUUAAACAUAAUAUCGUCAAUCCUAUAUCGCCAUAUUUAAACAAUUUUUCAACAUUUCCUGAUAAUUUUAUUCAUUUUAUUUUAUACGUUGAAAUUGAGGAAGAAAAAAGGUUACAACUUUCAAGUAUUGAUAUCUCAUUUAUGUUUAAUGAAUUUUUAGAAAAACUUUCUAAAUGUCAAGAGAUAACCGAGGUAUUCAAAAAAAUUAGAGAUAUUUCAAAAAAUUCAUUGGAUUAUGUACAAAAAAAUAAGGAUAAAUUUCUUGAUGUAUCAAGUGAUGCAUUGAAAAGGUUUUUAAAGAAAGAUGAACUUAUGUUGGUAUCAAAUGAAAAUGGUAAAAACAUAGAAUUGGAUAUAUUAAAUAAUAUAAUUAAUAGAUGUAAUUAUUGUAUACUUUUCGCAGACUUAGCAGUACUUAAACCUAAACUUGUUUUGUUUCAAGAAGCUACAUGUACAGUUUGUUACCGACCAUGUAUUGGAAACAAUGUAUUUUUAAAAUGUGAAAAAAAUUAUUGCAAUAAUGUUAUUUGUAGUAAUUGUUUUAAAGAAAACAUAAAAAAUUGUUCUGACGAAUAUUCAAUGUCAAAACGUUGCAAUCAUUGUAUUUCUAGAUCCAUUUCUGGUAAGCUUUGUAUAUCUUGUGAAAAAUUAAAUAGUAUUAGUGAUAAAUUAGAGAUAUGUGAUCAAAUUGUAUUCAAUGACGUUGAUCAACCUUGUGUUUUCAAACUUUGUAAAGAUUGUAAAACAAAGAAACUUUGCCCCUAUGUAAAGCAUGAAAAUGUUUUAAAUUAA